AAAAAUUAGAUGUUAAAGAAGAAUUGGAAAAAGAAGAGAAUAAGGAAGAAAAAAAAUUAGAUGUCAAAGAAGAAUUGGAAAAGGAAGAGAAUAAAAAAGAAAAAAAAUUAACUAUUAAAGAAGAAGUAGAAAAGGACGAACAGAAAUUAGAUAUUGAAGAAGAAUUGAAAAAAAAAGAAAGUGCUAUAACAUCUACCAAAGAAAUUUUUAAAAGAAGAAGAAUAGAGGAACGAUUGGCAAGAGAACGAAAAGAAAAAGAAGAAAGAGAAAGAUUCGUAAAGGAAGCUGCUGAGAAAAAAGCAGCGGAAAGGGAAGAAAUAAUAAAACAAGCAAAAAGAUUCAUUUUUUACAAAAAGCCGAUGUGCAAACAAAUUAAUCAAGGUCUUCUGGUUUCCGAGUGCUUUAGAGAAUUGGAUGCUCAAAUAAAAUUUCGAGAAACUCUUAAAAAAAUAGAUAAAGAUGAGGAAGAUGCCUAUGUGAAUAAAUUGAAAGAAGACGUAGCAAAGUACGAAGAAGAAACGAAAGAAAAGAUGGAAAAGCAGAGGGAGGAAAAAAGAAAUUAUGCUACCGAAUUAAAGAAACAAAUAGAAGAAAUUAAAAAUAUCGAGGAAAUAAAGAAAAAAAAAAGAUUCGAACUUGAGAAACAAGAUCAAAUAAAUAUGAAUAAAUUUUUGCAAGAUAUAAAGGAAUACGAAGCACAACAAUUGCAAAACAAAAAAGAGAAAUUAAAACAAUUUUUCAAAGAAGCUAUAGAGGACAAGAAACAAUUUGAUCUCGAGCUUGAACACGAAGACAAAUUUGAGGAUCGAGCAAUUGAGAUCUAUCGAAAUGCUCAAUUGCGAAUUCAAAAGCUUCAUAAAUCACUAAAAUUAAAAGAGAAAGAAGAGAAAGAGCAUCACGCCCAACAAAUAUACGACCAGUUCGAUAAGUAUCGUAUUAUUUUGAAUGAAAAAUUAGCUAAUGAGGAACGACUUUUAAAAAAAGCUCAAGAAGAGCAAGAGGAAAAUUAUCAGAAGAAUCAAAAGAUACGAAAAGAAAAUCAUGAAAAAGUGUUAAAGGAGAUAAAAGAUUUUCGGACGGAACGUAUAAAUACAAAGUUGAAACAACUUCAAGAAGAUGAAGAUAUGAAGAUGUGGGAAAUGAUGCAAAGGUAUAAAACUAAUGAAUACGAUAGGGAAGUGGAAAUCGAGGAGCAAAAGAAAAAUUGGAACAAAAAAGUAGAAUAUGGAGAAGAGAUAAAAAAAUAUAUUAGCGAGAAAGAAGAAGAAAGAAGACAAGCGAAACUUGACGAAGAUGAAACUCCAAUUGUGAAAAAGAUUAUUGAUAUAGAAAAUAAAAAGAUUCUCGAUUAUGCGGAAGAAGUUGUAAACGAAUCUAAAGGAGUGAGACCGCUUUAUCCAAUUCUUAAGGCAGUAAAGAAAUGCAAAGAACAAAUGGGCUUACUAUCACCGAAGAAAAAAGAAGAAACAAUCGUUACAAAACCUAAAAGAAAACGGAAAACUCAUAGAUAUGCAAAAUUUGUUCCCGAGGAAAAAAUCUGUUAUGUGUAACAGAAGAAUUCCAAUGUUUAAUUUUAAUCCUAUUAAUUGAAAAUCUAGUAAAAUAAUAUUUACUUCGUAUGUGUGAAAAGCGAAAUGUAGAAGCAUAUAUUUUUUUGAAAGCAUUAUAUAUAUAUAUAUAGAUUUAUAGAAGUAAAAAUUUUAAGAAA